AUGGCUGAUGAUAAACAUAUUUCUGUGCAGAUGGCUAACUUAUCAGUCACCGGUGAGGAAGAUGAUGUACUAGUUUUUGUAGAGGACGAAGAGCUCUCUACAGGUUCUGACACUUCUCUCUGUCUGGUAGGACAUUUUCUUACCGAUAAAACUAUCAACUUCCAGGCUAUGAAACAAACCCUUGCUUCCCUAUGGAGGCCUUUCAUGGGAAUGUUAGUCAAUGAGGAGGGGAAUGGGUUUUUUCGUUUUCAAUUUUAUCAUAAGGUGGACGUGGACAGAGUUCUUGAUAUGGCACCAUGGACUUUUAACAAUCAACUUUUGAUUCUCGGUAGAGUUGAAGGUAAUACCACUUUGUCUGAAAUCCCUCUAUUUGAAACUCCUUUAUGGGUCCAGAUUCACAAACUCGAUGAUGGGUUUAUGAUUGAACGAGUGGCAGUCCGAUUGGGCAAUGAACUUGGUUCUUUUCUAGAUUCUGAUCCCAAUAAUUUUACAGGGCCAAGAAGAUCCUAUAUGAGACUGAAAUAUUUACAUGAUGUCCGUAAUCCCAUCCGACAAACACUGAAACUCCGUGCAAAGGCUGGAAAUUGGUUCUAUCCCACAUUGGCAUAUGAAAGAUUACCCAGUAUAUGUUUUCUAUGUGGUUUCCUUGGGCACACUGAACGAUUCUGUCGUAAGCUCUUGAAUGAAGGAAGUGUUUCAUUGGUCAGAAAAUUUGGUCCGGAGAUUCGGGUUUCUAACCGACGAAGCCUGCGAAUCGGUGAACGAUGGUUGAGGGAGGAGACAUGUGGGUCCUGGGAUACGACUAUUCUUGAUGAUGGAUUUGAAAAAGUGUGA